GCCAGCGAUAGUUAGGCAGCCCUGCCAGAACGAUUGCCUGACGAUACUAGUGUUAUCGAUUAGAAAUGGCGUCCUCACUGUCUUUCUUUUAAGAAAAAUUCGUGUAGUCUAUUUACCAUUUAUCAGCGUUGUGUGUGUUUGUCAAUUAUAAGGACACGCUGUUUCUUAGAGAGAAGCGCCUGGCUAGAGUGUCAGGAGAGCGGAAACCAAGACGAUCGCAGGACGAGGUCGCGGAGCCGAGUGCAAAAACAACGGCCAGCAGGCAGCGACAUGAAAAUGCAUUUGUAGCCCUAGCCCACAACACUUGCACACACACCACACACUCUCGCGCACACUCACACACAGCAAAGAGGAGGUGGUGCAAAAGCAGGAGAGGAUUGCAAAGGACACCGCUGCAGCAUCGCCAUCAUCUGCGCCAGGUGGAGCACGAGGGGCAAGAGGCGUCGGCGGGGGCGGAGCAGGAGGAGGAGGAGCGGCUGCGGCGACGACCACGACCACGGCAACAACAAAUGGCGCUGGUGACGGUGCAGCGCUCUCCCAGUGUGGCUGGCUCCUGCUCGAAUUCGGAUGGCGAGGCCGAGGACGACGAGGGCAAUAGUAAAGGAAACGAUCGCAGCGAGUGCUUCUUUGCGGGCAAGGGAACCGCCCUGGUCCUGGCUCUUAAGGAUAUCCCGCCCCUGACGCAAAGCGAGCGCCGUCUGAGCACCGACUCCACCCGCUCCAGUAACAGCACGCAAAGCAACAACUCGGACAUCCAGCUCCACCUGCAAUCAAUGUUUUACCUGCUGCAGCGCGAGGACACGCUGAAGAUGGCUGUUAAGUUGGAGUCGCAGCGGUCCAACCGCACGCGCUAUCUGGUAAUUGCCUCGCGUAGUUGCUGCCGUAGCGGCACCAGCGACCGUCGGCGCCACCGGAUCAUGCGUCACCACUCGGUAAAAGUUGGUGGAUCCGCGGGAACAAAGUCGUCCUCGUCUCCGGCGGUCACCACGCAGCGCCAGCUGUCCGUUGAGCAGACCGCCACAGAGGCAAGCAGCAAAUGUGAUAAAUCAGCGGACAAGGAGAACGCAACGGCGGCAGGCGACAACAAGAAUACCUCGGGCAUGGAGGAGUCCUGCCUGCUGGGCAUAGACUGCAACGAGCGGACCACAAUUGGCCUGGUGGUACCCAUCCUGGCGGACACUACAAUCCACCUGGAUGGCGAUGGCGGAUUCAGCGUCAAAGUAUACGAAAAGACGCAUAUAUUCAAGCCGGUCUCAGUGCAGGCCAUGUGGUCCGCGCUGCAGACGCUGCACAAAGUGUCGAAAAAGGCUCGUGAGAAUAACUUUUAUGCCAGUGGACCCUCCCACGACUGGCUAUCCAGUUACGAGAGGCGCAUCGAGUCGGACCAAUCUUGUCUGAACGAGUGGAAUGCCAUGGACGCGCUCGAGAGCCGCCGACCACCUUCGCCUGAUGCCAUACGAAACAAACCCCCCGAAAAGGAGGAAACCGAAAGUGUCAUUAAGAUGAAGCUGAAGGCCAUCAUGAUGUCCGUGGACCUGGACGAGGUCACCUCCAAGUAUAUACGCGGGCGCCUUGAGGAGAUCCUGGACAUGGAUUUGGGCGAGUACAAGUCGUUUAUCGAUGCCGAAAUGCUCGUUAUUCUAGGCCAAAUGGAUGCCCCCACCAAGAUUUUCGAGCACGUCUAUCUAGGAUCAGAGUGGAAUGCCAGCAACCUUGAGGAGCUGCAGAAAAACGGCGUUCGACACAUCCUGAACGUGACGCGCGAGAUUGACAACUUCUUUCCGGGCACCUUCGAGUAUUUCAACGUCCGCGUGUACGACGAUGAGAAGACGAACCUGCUCAAGUACUGGGACGAUACGUUCCGCUACAUCACGCGGGCAAAGGCCGAGGGAUCGAAGGUGCUGGUGCACUGCAAGAUGGGCGUCAGCCGAUCCGCCUCGGUUGUCAUCGCGUAUGCCAUGAAGGCUUACCAGUGGGAGUUCCAGCAAGCACUGGAGCACGUAAAGAAGAGGCGUAGCUGUAUAAAGCCCAACAAAAACUUCCUCAAUCAGCUGGAGACGUAUAGCGGGAUGUUAGACGCCAUGAAGAACAAGGAAAAGCUGCAGCGCAGCAAGAGCGAGACGAACUUAAAGAGCACAAAGGACGCACGCCUGUUACCUGGUAGCGAACCAACGCCCCUCAUCCAGGCGCUAAACCAGGCCAAGUCGAAGUCUACUGGUGAAGCGGGCGUUACACCCGAUGGCGAAGAGGAGGAUGGCUCUCGCAUGCACCGGCGAUCCACCGCUCAGAAGUCGCAGCGUCGCAUGGUUAGGCGCUCCAGUAGCACAUCGCCCAAAACCCAGACGGCCGUGGUUACCAAGCAGCAAAGCCAGUCUAUGGAGAACCUUACGCCGGAACGUAGCGUGGCUGAGGAGCCAAAAAACAUGCGUUUCCCAGGCAGCAACGGGGAGAACUACAGCGUCACCCAGAACCAGGUGCUGCACAUCCAGAAACACACGCCUCUGUCUGUGCGCACCCGGAUUCACGAUCUCGAGGCGCACCGGGCGGACCAGCUGCCACAGCAACCUGUUUGGACCUCGCUGACAAAACUGAUUACACAGACCUCUCACCUGGUAAAAAGUAGCAGUGACAGCAGCAGUGGAAACAUAGACUCGCGGCGUGAUUCUAGCUGCUCGGAUGUAUUCUCCUCGCAGGUGGACAACGUUUUUGCCAAGGAUGAAGGGGAGAAGCGUCAGCGCCGCAAAACCCACUCCUGGACGGAGUCGUUCGGUCCCAGUGGCGGCAUCGUGCUGGACCCCACGCCCCAGCAACAGAAGCAGCAGUCAAACGCCAUUUUGCGUCCGCGAGGCACACGUCAGCGGGAGCUGCCUUCACGGCACGCUAGUUGGGGAUCUGGAGACAACCGAUGCUGUUUGCCACAGAGGGCCAGUUCCGGCUCCUACUACGAUUCCAAUCGUAACACUACGGCCAUCUUCGAGGGCGUUAUCCAAGACCUUAAGCGCAGUUCCAAUUGCAAUGUAAUCGAAGGAGUCGCGGUGGCAGUGGAACCCAUAGUUGGAGUUGGCGAGGGCACCGUAAAACGCACCAAGCAGAAGCUGGAAGAAAGCACCGCACUGAAGAAGCGCUGCCAGGAAGAAAGCCAGGAGCUGCUACUCGAGGCGGUGGAUACUGGGCAGAAGCGGUGUCCAAGCCUCUAUAGGAGCGCCUCCUCGGCGCACAGUCCGCGUCAGCGCCAGCCGCUACGCUGCAAUAGUGAGGAGCUGAUGCACACCAGCGACAUCGAGAACAAGAACACUACGCCAGGCGACCAGGAGGCGACGGUAGUGCUGCGCGUCCAGGGACAAACGCUGGCCGAGGAUCAGCGCAUCUCGGGAAAUGUGCAAAUACUCAAACAAAAUUUCGAAGCCAAAGCGGGGGUGGUGGGCUCAGGAGGAGGAGGCGGUGGCACAGCACCGGGAUCGGGCAGUAGUUCAACAAUCGCAACGUCGGUAUCUGCAGUGGCUGGAGCCAGCGCAGCGAAUGCCGGCAAGAAGACCACCAGCCACCAAUCACUGCCAUCGUCGCCGGUGGCGCAGCAUGCCAACCACGUGUCCGCCGCCUCGAACUCCAACUCCUCCACCUCCAACUCAUCCGAUUCCAGCUAGCCAGGCGGCCGCCACGCCCACAGUCGCCUGUGCCCCACUGCCACCCGCCGGAACCGCCAGCAACAUCAGCCACGCCUGCAGCACCACUACCACCACUAGCUUCAAGCAACGCCCGCUCUCCUACUACGACCGCUCGCUGUCCAACAGAUCCACGCAUGACUACAGCGACAGUCGCCCGCCACCAGCGCCCGUCCGCGUCAGUCACAGCAGCAACGUUCAGCACCAGCAGCAGCAGACACAACAGCAACCGGAGCAGCAGCAGGUGCAGAUCCGGCGGUUGGCGCAGCACGGGAAGACGCAUCCGCUGAGCAGGCUAAGUGCUCCGAAAACAGGCUUCAACACCGCCGCCUACAACACCAUGUAAAACCCAUGCUCUGCUUAACAACAUGCUAACUGCAUACUGCAACCUGCAACAUUCACAUACCACUUGCAACUUGCAAUCCAUACCCUGUAGCCACUAAGGAUCGUCCUCAUCCUCUCGCCCGCUUUACUUAUUUAUAUAUUUGCCCGCUUUCGACCAUUUUGUGUUUUUUGUCCAACAAUCGAACACCACCACCCUUCCAUCCCCUCAUGCCUUGUGUUUGUUGUCUUGUUGUUUAAGGCGUCCAUGAAAGCCUCUAAAGAACUUGUGUCUGAAACGUGUGAAUGGAACUAUUAAGAUGACAAGAGAGGGCAAACAAAACAACCUAUGGAAAUGAAACUGUAUUUGUACUUUUAAAUUACUUGUAACUGUAUACAUAUUUAUUUUAUAUUAUGCAAGAACUGCCUACGAAUAAACGAUUUAUUGUAUAUACGUCAUCGUCUUGUGAGUGUCCCUGUGCCGUCCUUGUGCCAUCCAAAGACUGUGUUCCAAUGUGUGCAAUGAACACUGCCCUCCGUUUUUACCAGAUUUGUAUUUGCAGCCUUAUCCACAUGAUCC